AUGUGCGGGCGCUUUGCAUUGGCGGUAGAAUUGAUUGAUUUACCGCAAUGUUUCAAUGAAACUGCAAUUAACGUUGAUGAACAACAACAUCAAAUUGAGAGAAUAGACGACACACACUUUGUGUCUGUUAUGGGGGCAGACUCGAAUGAGAAUAAUGAUACAGAGGAUCUUACUAGAGAAAAGUACAGGUCCAUAAUAGAAAUUGAACUUAAUUAUCCGCAAGCUAAAACUUUCCGUCCAUCAUAUAAUAUCCCACCAACUGGAACGUCAGUUAUUGUGUACCAAGCAAAGCCACUGAAUGACCAGGUACAUUACAGAUAUGUUAUCGAGUCCCUGACAUUUGGAUUGGUACCUCUGUGGGCCAAGCCAACCGAUCCGGAGCCUGUACAGAGAGAUGGGAAGCCUGGACCUCCAUAUUCUAAAGAACUUCAACGACAUGAAGGUCGUCAAUUCAAUUGUAGGAAAGAGUCAUUAGGAAAGGGGAAUGCCCUUCCUACAUGGAAUAGUCAUAAGCGGAAGACCAGGUGUGUGGUCCCCAUCCAGGGGUACUUUGAGUGGCAAAAGACGAAAACCGAUAAGAUCCCACAUUUUGUUCAUUCUACUAAAUCAUCUAUAAUAUAUUUAGCUGGAUUAUAUUCUCAUAACCGGAAUUAUCCAUUAGAAAAUCCUAAAGAUGAGUAUUUUUCUUCCUUCCUGAUUGUCACUGGACCUGCUCGACACGAAGAUUCCAAAGAUUUAGCAUGGUUACAUGGAAGAAAGCCAAUGAUGCUUGUUCCUGGAUCCAAGGAAUGGUACGAAUGGCUAGAUCCAACUAAGGAUUGGGAUGACAGUUUGUUGGACACUGUAUUGGAUACUGUGAACAACAAGGCUUUCCAUGAUAUUGAAGCAUAUACCGUGGGAAGGUCGGUGGGGAAUACAACCAGUGAAGGUGAACAAUUACUUAAACGAGAGAAUUAUCAAUCGCAAAAGUCGAUAACUCUGUUUUUCCAGAAAAGUCCAACCAAGAGACCACAUGUUACAGAAGAAAUGAAAUCUGAAUUAAAUAAAAGGCCAAAAUUAAAAGUUAAAAAGGAAGAGUCUGAUAUAUUUUCUGCUUUAAGGAAACAAAGUGUAAAGAAGGAGACUUAG